CAAGUGCUUCGGUGAUUCAUUAGCUUGGGACUGGUUGGUUCAUCAGCAGAGUGAUUGGGUUGUGGUUUCAUUUGUUGUUAUUCUUGCUUCUAGAGAACAUCUUUUUCCACGAUAAGCAAAAUGAGGCCAUAUACAGCCAAUUCCCUCAUGGAGCUUCUAUUCAUGACGGUAUUGAUUGGCUAUCUUUUGCUGCUGUGCUCUGUUAGAGCAGCCGCUACGAAUAAUGUCAAUGUUCAGAGCUCAAACCCUCUUAACAAGACUGAUCAACUGCCAGUCACCAUCUACUACGAGACUCUGUGCAGUGAUAGCAUGGUUUUUAUAACUCAUCAGCUCUAUCCUUCCUGGUUGCGUCAUCAAAAAGAAAUGAAGCUUCGGCUGGUGCCCUUUGGAAAGGCAUGGAUCGAGGAGCAUCCCAACGAAGAACCCAAAUAUCAUUGCCAGCAUGGACCUCGGGAAUGUCAGCUGAACAUUUUGCACGGCUGCAUUCUCAAAAAACUGCCACCCAAAAAGGCAUUCUCGGUGGUGGCGUGUCUCAUGAAAAACUUCCGCACUAGCUUCGAACAGUGCAUGGAAGGACAUGAGUCGUUCCAAACCUCCGUCGUUAAUUGCAGCCAAGGGCAACAGGGAGCUAAGUUGUUCAAAGAGUUUGCCAACGAAACAGAUAACGUUCAUCGGCCACUUCCCUUCGUACCAACGAUUGUUGCUGAUGAGCCCUAUAACUAUUACGAGCAAGACGACUGGUUGCAACAUUUUGACAGGAAGUUUAUCGAACGUUAUGAGGCAAAGUUUGGUGUUAAGCUAUGAUGUGCGUCAUUAUGUGAAACAUGAAUAAGGUUUCAAUUUUUGUAGGAUUGACGAGCAGGGGUCAAACAAAUAUGCGUAAUAAAAUUUUAUCAAGAAUCAUU